AUAAACCUCCAGCGCUGGUUUACGGACAGUCUCCAAGCCUCAGCACUCUUCGUUCUCUUAAGAGAUCAGCCCAAGAAACCAACCAUGAGCCAUUCUUCCAUGCAUUCCUCCACUUCCUACAGGCGCACCUUCGGGAGCCCGCAUCCCAUCUCUAUGUCGUCCUACUCCAAUGUGUCCUCUCGUCCGACUGUCUCCGGAGGUCGCUACAUGCGCUCCGUGUCACCCAUGGUGUCCUCCCGCUCCACCACCUACCACCAACAGCGUUCCCGACCUAGCGUCCAUCCCCAACGCCUCACCUAUGACAAGGUGGAUUUUACCAUGGCUGAGGCCAUCAAUCAGGAGUUCCUCACCACCCGCAGCAACGAGAAGGCCGAGCUGCAGGAACUCAACGACCGCUUCGCCAGCUUCAUCGAGAAGGUGCGCUACCUGGAGCAGCAGAAUGGCGCGCUGACGCAGGAGCUGACCCAAUACAAAGGCCAGCUGCAAUCCGGCCAGCCCAACCGUGCCACCGAGAUCUUCCAGGAUGAGCUGAGGGAGUUGCGGCGCCAGAUGGACGCCAUCGGCAAGGAAAGGGACCAGUAUCAGCUGGAGAGGGACAACCUGGCUGAGGACCUGGGCCUGCUGAAGCAGAGGCUGGAUGAAGAAGCCCAGAAGAGGGCAGAUGCUGAGAAUAACCUUGCAGCCUUCCGCAAGGAUGUGGACGAUGCCACGUUGUCCCGUCUGGAGCUGGAGAGGAAGAUUGAGUCCCUGAUGGAUGAAAUUGAAUUCCUCAAGAAGAUGCACGAUGAAGAAAUCCAAGACGUUCAAGUGAGUGUGCAGACCCAGCAACUGAGGAUGGAGGUGGAUCACACCACCCGACCAGACCUUACUGGUGCUCUGAGGGACAUCAGGGCCCAGUAUGAGAGCAUUGCAAUGAAGAACAUGGAGGAAUCUGAGGAAUGGUACAAGUCCAAGUUUGCAGAUUUGACUGAAUCUGCAAAGCGAAAUGGUGAUGCUCUGAAGCAGGCCAAGCAGGAGGCCACAGAGUCCAGGAGGCAGAUCCAGUCCCUGAACUGUGAGAUUGAUGCAUUGAAGAACACGAAUGAAGCGCUCCUGAGGCAAAUGCGUGACAUGGAGGACCAAUUUGCCAAUGAAAUCGCUAACUCCCAAGACAACGUCGGCAGACUGGAAGACGAGAUCCGCCACCUGAAGGACGAGAUGGCUCGCCAUCUCCGGGAAUACCAGGACCUUCUCAAUGUCAAGAUGGCUCUGGACAUUGAAAUUGCCACUUAUCGUAAACUGCUGGAGGGUGAGGAGAGCAGGAUCACCAUGCCGAUCCUCAAUAUUGGCAUGACAAAUCACCUUGGUGAACGUGAUUAUGAACCCAGACGAGAGAGUGGCACCAAGAGGACUGUGGUGAUAAAGACAGUUGAGACUAGAGACGGAGAGGUGGUGAAGGAAUCCAAGAGGGAGACGGAGAGAGAUUCAGGCCACAUUGAUAAAGAUGACAAGGACAACUGAAAACUACCUGAUGUGAUAAUGUGAUGGCCUGUGCCAUGACAAGAAGAAAAAAGCAAAUGGGGGAGGGGAAAAAAAGAGCAAAACUCCUUAGUGUUUCAUUGUUUAGCAUAGAAUAAUAAAAUGUAGGUGCAAAGUAAAAUGAAUACAUUUGGACUGGUGAGUCACUUUGGUGCUAUUGAAGCCACCCAUCUGUUCCGAAACACAGCUGUGUCAUCUGUGUGACAAAGCGGAACUGUAAUGUAACCUGAUCCACAUGCCAGAUGAGGCCUUUGUGUGCAGUGCAAUCCCAUGGAGUCCUUCGAUGGCCACAUGUUUCUAGCUCGCUAUAUGUUCAACAGCAGUGGAAAAGAAUAGCAUCGAUUUACAUGAAUAGCUUUACAUAGCAUCCUCAGUAAACAAAAAAACUUCACAUUCCAGUAGCUUUGCUAUCUACCUGUACCAACUAUAUCAAAAGGAAAAAAAGUGAAGCAUGGGGCAAAUAAUAAGGGGCGUGGGUGCUGACCAGUUAAAGUAAGGCUCAUGAAAUGGCUGGGUGAUCUAACACAAUGAAGGAUCACAUAAUUGCAAAUAAACUAACCUUGAACACA